AUGGAAAAGAAAUACAUUUUGGCCUUGACGAAAGAACCAGUGGACCUUUCGGCCUUUCCAGAGGCCCGCGUGGGGCCCCCUGGCUCGCCGCCGCCGCAGACCAUUGGUCAAGUUGUACUGCCGCGGCUGGCGCGGCGGCUGCGCGAGGAGUUUCCGGAAUUCGAAGUUCUUCCGGGUUGCAGCAAAGAAGACUUCGAAAAUAAAAAAGAAAUUGCGCAAAAAGUGUACAGACACUCGGACUUCGUGGUCUGCACGCUGCCCGCAACAGCAGCAACUUGCUGCUGCAUCACAAAAGCGCAUUUUGCUGCUAUGAAAAAAUCUGCUGUUUUCAUUUCCCUCGGCAGGGGACAAGUUCUAGACGAAGAAGCUUUGCUGCAGGCGCUGCGGAGCGGGGCAAUUGGGGGCGCAGCACUGGAUGUGUUUCAGCAAGAGCCUCUUGCUGCUGCUGCUGCUGCUUGGUCUUGUCCUAAUUUGCUGCUGUCACCCCACAACGCAGACUGGCUCCAAAACCACAGCAGCAGCAGCAGCACUCGGGUCUUCUUGGAAAACCUCCAGUGCUUCUUGAGGGGCCCCCGGGGGCCCCAAGACAUGAGCACUCCAGUGGACUGCAGCAGAGGCUACUGA